ACGUCCUCGCCUCGUCUAGCAGAGGAAAAAGAAAACCGGUUUUUUGUCCGCACAUUUUCCCUUAUUUUCUCAGUGUUUCUCAGCUUCGACAAUCUUUUCUAAGAAUCAUUUUCCUUCAAAUCUUUCAUUAUUUACACAAAGUUUUAUAUAUAUGAACCCUUCUGGAAGAGGGGUUGAUUGAAAGAUCAUCUCUUCCCUUGUUUUCACGUGUUGAGUUUUGAAUUUUUCUCAUUUUUCUCUCAAAUGGGCAUUGUUUUAAUGGGUCUACUUCCUCUUGCUUUUGGCGUUCCCAAGAGGAUUUUGUUGGAAUUUAGUUAUUAGGGGAAUUUGGAUUGAUUUCACAGACACUCAGUUUUCUGAAAAAUCCAAUUCUUUGUUGGAUUUUUUGAGAUUUGGAGGCUGUAUUUGGGAUUUGGGAUUAGUGUUUAAUUCUUUAAGUAGAAAGAGUGAGAGGUUUGGUGAAAUUUCUUCGUUGAAGUUAGAACUUGGGAUUACAUUUAGGGGUGCUUUGUUUCCUUUUGGAUUACAUUUGAUUGAUUGUCUUAUUUUAUUUUUAUGUAAAUAGGACAAUCUCUGUGGAUUUGUUAGUGUAUUUUAGCUUGGAUUUUUGAGGAUUUGUCAUUUAUUUCAAGUGCCAGAUGUUCCUAUAUUUAGGCUUAGGGUUUCUCCGAUAGUUCUCUCACAAAUUAGCAUUCUAGGGGUUUCUCUAGCAAGAGGGUUUUCUGGAUCUGAGAAAACCGCUGCAUAAAAAGCUUAGGAAAGUUAAAUUGGUAGCUGGUUUUUCGCUUUUGGUUCACGGGAUCGCAAGGUUGUCACAGGAUAGGUGUUGGGUUGUGUUCUGAUUUUCAGCUAACCCAGUGACUUUAUUGCUCCCUUUUUUCUAUAUCACCGUCAGUUUUUCAUGCUCAAGAAGUGGGAUAAGAGCCUAGAAUCCAUAGGAGUCUGAGUCAGUUUCUAGAUUGUAGAGAGACCAAGAAGGAGGAGAGAGAGUAGAAUGGGGCAUUCUGCAGCAGUUUGGGAUCAUAGAACAGCAAUUGAAGUUACAAAGGACUGGAAUGGGAUCGAUCAGGUUGUGCUCCGGAACCCGCAAGGAGCUUCAGCACGGGUUAGCUUGCAUGGAGGCCAGGUUACUUCUUGGAGAAAUGAACAAGGGGAAGAACUUCUAUUUACUAGCAGUAAGGCGAUCUUUAAGCCCCCGAAAGCAAUGAGGGGAGGAAUCCCUAUUUGUUUUCCCCAGUUUGGAAACUGUGGAUCACUGGAACAACAUGGGUUUGCAAGGAACAAGCUUUGGACAAUUGAUGAAAAUCCUCCACCUCUGCCCCCAAAUGAUUCCCAUGGCAAAUCCUUCGUUGACUUACUACUCAAGCCAACUGAAGAAGAUCUGAAGGGCUGGCCACAUAGUUAUGAGUUUCGUCUGAGGAUAUCUCUUGCAGCAGAUGGAGUUUUGACCUUGAUAUCGCGCAUCAGGAACAUCAAUGGCAGGCCAUUUAGUUUCUCUUUUGCUUAUCACACAUAUCUGUCAGUUUCCGACAUAAGUGAAGUGAGGAUAGAAGGCUUGGAAACCCUUGACUACCUAGACAACCUUUGCCAAAGGGAGCGGUUCACAGAACAAGGAGAUGCCAUUACUUUUGAAUCUGAGGUGGAUCGGGUGUAUCUUAGCUCAUCACAUUUGAUUGCCGUCCUUGAUCAUGAAAAGAAGCGGACAUUUGUAAUAAGAAAGGAGGGCCUACCAGACGUCGUGGUUUGGAAUCCAUGGGACAAGAAAUCAAAGGCAAUGGCAGAUUUUGGCGACGAGGAGUACAAACAGAUGCUUUGUGUUGAUGGGGCAGCGAUUGAGAAACCCAUCACCUUGAAGCCUGGUGAAGAAUGGACCGGGCGUUUGGAGCUAUCAGUUGUGCCUUCAAGUUUCUGCAGUGAGUAUCUAGAUCAUUAGAGGGAGAUGUCACUGAGAAAACUGUACAAGUUGUGGCCCCCAGUUGUUAGUUGUAAUUGUCCAAAUCUACUUUUAGACGUGUUUGUAGUGUUAAAACUCAGAAUGAAAAUGUAAUCAAGUUGCAGUUUUCUGAGACCAGGGUCAUGAGAAAUUACCCCCCUGUAAUUGACUAGAAAAUUCCUUGAUUCUUUUUCAAGAACGGCAGCUGAGCUGCCUCCUUUUUUUUUUU